AUGGCGUCGAUGUGGUCAUCGUUCACCUAUGUCUUACUACCGCCUGCAGUCAUUCUACUACUCUUAAUGACAAUUCCUCUUCCAAGUCUUAUGCUAAAUCGUGGUGUUGUCAAGUUUGGCGACUUUGUAUUCAACAUUCGCAUUGGAACAUUGAGCAUUUUUUCUGUCAUUACGGCCGUUUCUUUUGUCGUCCUCGUAGCUCAAACUUAUGAUCUACAGAAACGUUAUUCAAUGCAUUCUGAUCCACACAUUGAAGCCCAUUAUUCAGCUGAUCUACAGAAAAAGGCUUCACGCUGGCGAUCGGAGAGAAACUGGUGGAUCAGUGCUCUUACUUUUACCAUUUAUUGGAUGCUACUACGUUUUCAUGCAAUGAAGAAGCAGUUGGUCAAGGCACAACGUCAUGAGGACUAG